GUAUCUCCGUGCGCUAAUGACGAUGACAUUGUGAUCGAUGGUAACUAUGGAUACCAAAGAAAACCUGAAACACUGUUGUUUUGUUAUUUCGGACUUUAUUGUUUAUAUUUACCUAAAAUAUCUUUUUAAUUUUUGGCAAAUUUUACAUAUAUAAUUUUUAUUACUACUUUUGGAAAGGAGAGGGGCGGGAUGUCCGGGCAGAGGUCCCUGGUGGCGGUGCCGCCGCCGCCGACCAGGUUCUCGCUGAGCGAGUGGUGCCUCUGCGGCCGGGAGCGCUGCCGCACCGCGGCGGACCAGCAGCGGCUGGCGGAGCUGGUGCUGGGCGAGUCGAGCCGUGUGCGCGACGUCACCGCGGAGCUGACGGCGCUGCACCGGCGGGAGGUGGAGCAGAGCCUGCAGCUGAGGGUCAGGGACGUGCAGUUCCUCAAGGACGAGAACGAGCGCCAGAAGGCAGAGUGCUGCCUGGAGGAGGAGGCACUCGGCGCGUACAAGGAGAGGAUACAGAGCGCCCUCAAGUCGCUUAGGGAGAACGCGCUGAAGCUCUGCAAGGACUGCAUCAUACUGAGAGAGGGACGUCUCGGCAUCGACCUGUGUCGAGACAGCGUGGAGAAGGAGCUGAAGAAGGAGAUAGAGAUCAUAGAGGGGGCGGAGGCGUUGCUGGUGAGGACGCUGGAGCAGACACAGGAGCAACUGCGCUCCCUGCGCUCCACCAAGUACUUCCUGGACCGGGACAACGAGCAGAAGAGCGCUGCCCUCGGCAUAGACAGGCUGUGCACCGAGCUGCGUGUCACGGACCUGGGCCUGAGCACCUACCACGGUGACAGUCCCCUUGCUGCCGGCCAUAUAACGUACGAAGAAUGGACCAACAUGUCUAGAAAAAAUAUUGACCGUGCAGCUAAGGAAAUAAACACUGCACGUCCAUUGCGGUCAUACGUGGACACCCUUUUAAAGCAGAUAAUUGAAGACUUGUGGCGGCAGUACCAUUUAACAAAUAAUGCCUUCCAGCAGCGUAUUGCUGAAACUCGUCAAGCAAAAGAAAACUUGGAGAAACUUCAUAAUCAGACUGUCGUGAAGAUAAACGAGAUGGUGCGUAACAUUACGUCUCUGCAGAAAGCCGUAGCUGACAAGAAGGCCUAUGUGGCCCUGGCUCACACUCGGCUCGGCAACAGGGCUCAGAGGCCACAGAUGGAGCUGUGCAAGGAUGAAGUCGAGCUGAAUCUUCUCCAAGAAGUAAACCAGCUCACAGAGAGCGUAACAAUGUUACAGGAAGCAUUAGCUGAGGCCGAAGCAUCACUACGGUAUUUGCUUAGGGUACAAAUUCAAUUGGAGGAAGAUAUUAAUAUCAAGACCAAUACGCUCAAGAUUGAUGAAGUAGAAUGUAUGACCAUUCGCCUAAGCAUGGACUAUCAUGCCUACUGAACUAUUUCUGGCUGUAUUUCAAAUUUUAAGGUUUGUCUUUGUAGUUGUGUUAAUACCAUGGUAUUAUCACUAAAUGUAUUUUCCAACUAAUGAUCAUUGCAAAUGUGUCAUUCAAACUUAUUUAUUGUAUAACAUACUUUGUCUUUAUUAUUUUUAUUUUAAUGAGAAAAUCUGAUAAAAAAUAAUUGGUUCAAUUCCAGGAGGGAAAAAUAUAUUUAAUAAAAGUACAUAACUAAGUUUUAAAAUGCUUUUACGAUGAAUUAUUUUUUUUCAAAUCAGUCUUCAAAAUUUUUUUUCCAUACAUGGUUAAUAUGAUUUGAACUAAAAAAAAUCACUACCAAGUAAAAUUUUAAAGAGUUUCAAUUCUAAUUAUAGCAAAUUUAUUUUUCUCACUAUCGAGAAUCCGAGAUGAAAAUUGAAUCUAUCCAACUUAUUUAAUUCAUAAGUCAAUCUAUCCUGUCUAGUCACAAAAAUACAUAUAAGGUGCUGUAAAUGUUUGUAAAAGUACACUUCAUGGGCAUAGUGUGGACUUAUUUAUGGCUGAAAUAAUUUUAAGGUUAAUAAACUUUAAUUUGUGCACUUGUA